AUGGAACCGGGCGCGCCGCCAGAGCCCGACUCCAGGAACAGCUUGCGACACAUCCUCGCCGCAGACCCCAGCAUGGACGACACAGGGCCCUCGCCGUCGCUGGCCAACACCCCCGGGCCCGAUGACAGCGAGACGGCAGCGCAGUCGCAGGACGGCUCCAAGACAGCCACGGACCCAGAGGCCCCGCCGCACUACACAGCGACGACGACGACGACGCGCCGCAAUGCGAACGGCAGCGUGUCCUCGGUCUACAGCGGCAACAAGAUCAAGCAUCUGAAGAAGGACGACGGCAUCCCCCUGUGGCGCAAGGACAUCCAGUACGACUUCCUCAAGCUGGUCUUCGAAGACGACACGCCCGCCUUCACCAAGCAGUCGGACAAGACGGGCGGCCACACGUUUGCCGACAUCUACCUCGAUGCCAUGGCCAAGAGCAGCAAGUGCAGCAAGAUCCUCAAGGACAAGCUGCUGACAGAGCGCCCGGCCGCCAUCAACAUGGCCAUGGUGUGCCUGCUGGUCAACGUGGGGCGCAUGAACACCACCCUCAACUUCUUCCCCGAGAUGCGCGCACAGCUGCGCACCUACCACUCGAUCCCCUCCCUCCAAGCCCACCAAGACCCAAACGCCUACAAGCAGCUGCAGGAUGCGCCGCGAUUGAAGUCGAUCCUCAAAGGCGCCACCGAGGACCAGGAGCAGCCCAGCACCAUUGACGAGAUCAUGUCGGCGCCCGUGCCGCGAACCAACCCCGUCAACCUGAUCUUCGUCCUUUCCCAAUACGCGCCCAAGAUCUCAGAACUGCACUUCUUCCCCCCACGCGAUUUCUUUGAUCUCGUCAUGCGAUCCAAUCUCAGCAGCAGAAGCAGAGCCACCGCCUUCCUGUGGCUCAUGUGGUGGUACCUGGAGAGCGACUUCUCCAAGAAAGCUGCAGACGAGAAUCCCUUUGGGCCCGGACAAUACGGUCCAGCCGACGAUCCAGCCACGGCCGACUUCCCGAUCAAGUGCCCCGCAUUUGAUUUUCUGACUCCUGAGCAGGAAACGGCAGAGAACGUCGAUACCACGGACGAGAAGAACUUUGGCGAGAUCAAGCGCAAGGAAAGAAUAGCCAUCCUGGCGAGUGACAUGGCUCCUGUCGUAACAGGACCAAAGCGCACAAACAAGAAGGUGUUCAAUCAGAACCCUGUGUUCUCCGUGGUUGCGGACGACGGCGCCUCGACACCUGGCAGAGACCGGCAAUCCACACCAAACGGGUCUGUCAAAGGUCGUGGGAAAAUAGGAAAGGCGGCCUUGGAGCGAGACUACCCUUCAGAUACCGACAGGACACGCUCAGCAUCACCGCCUGCAAAAGCUACACCAAACAUGCGAAUCAACACGCUCCUCAACGACGAUGCACCCAUGUCCACCCCGGCUCCGAGCAAAGGUACUAGCCGUGGCAACUGGUCCCGUAGCAAACCUGGCACUGGAGGGCCACGCAGCUUUCGCUCGAAGCUCGAUGCAAACGCUUCCCAGGAUGGCCAAUCACCUUCUGGCAACGCACCUACCUUCUCUGGGCCUCACGGCUUCUAUUUGCCUCUGAACGGCUCAGAUCCAGCACACAAGCGCACGCGACCCCUGACACAACACCAAUUAGCUGUCGAACAGUACCGCCGGCGACGUGUCGAUGUGAUUCUCGACCGUGGGCUGCGUGUCGAAUACAAGGCUGCUGCGAGGCGUCGACGCAAAGCUAAUCCUUUCAUGCGCUCCUGGAUCCGCUGUAAGGGCAUGGCGGAUGGCUACGACACCGACGAAGAGAGCCCCACCCCAGGUCAGCACCCUCAGGACAUGGAAGUGGGUACGAAGACACCCCCACCCAUGCCUGCUGGUCUUGUACCCUUGGACUUUGGCGGCGAAGUCAACGAUCACGGCGAGGAAAGCUACUACCGUGCCAAGAUGCUGGGUAGAGCUCUGCGCCGCCUUGAUCGCUGGGAGAACGGCAAGAGCGGGAGCAACUCCAGGACAAGGGGUCAGCGAUACGCGGAAGAGAUGGAGGACAGAAGCGACGACGACGAUGAAGAUAUGGCUGACGUUGAAGAGAUGGAGCGGAGAGAGGACAUGGACUCGGACGACGAAGAUGAGGACAUGGAGAGGUACGACACAAGCACGCUACCACCGUUAUCGAGAGUGGGUGUCUGA